AGAGUCUUGGGAGGAUAUCGAUCCUGAUGUGUGUGUGGGUGUAUGGAGUCUUUGUUAUGUGCCGACUAUGCUCGCUCGUUAAUGUAAAUAAACAAAUGUGCAACAGUAGACAUAUCGUUGUUGCAGUGUGUAUCAUGUGGCAGCUGUGUAAUCGCGUACAGAUUCGUGGAUUCGAUCACCUUUCAUUAAAAGAAAACAUGUUUUUUCUCUCGCUGCCUGUCUUUGUUUUACGAGAUGUUCUCGAGGACCUCUUUGAAAAAUGCAGUGUCGCACGGCAACUACCAGCAGGUGAAAAACCCAGCAAGCGAUCUCAGGAUGCCGAUGUCGAACAAGGAGACCCUCAUAUGGCAGCAAAAUUCUUAUAUGGCGGACUCUGGUAUCCAAUCGGGGGCAACAACCCAAGCACCGUCGGUUACCGGCAAAGAUGACGACGAAAUAGAGGGUGAUCCGUUAUUGUUCGAUCUCGAUCAGGGUUUCGCUCAGCAUUUUACACCUGAUCAAGUUGACGGUAAGUUCACGGACAAUAUUUCGGAGGAAGGAAACUGUAAGUUUGUUUUACGCUUUUCAGACAUGAAUCAGCAGCUAAGCCACACUCGUUCGCAGAGAGUACGUGCAGCGAUGUUUCCGGAAACCCUCGAAGAAGGUAUCGAAAUUCCAUCAACCCAAUUCGAUACAGCUCAACCAACUGCGGUGCAACGUUUGAGCGAGCCAAGCCAGAUGCUUAAACACGCUGUUGUCAAUCUGAUCAACUUCCAAGACGACGCUGAUCUCGCUACUCGCGCUAUUCCCGAAUUGAUCAAGUUGCUGAAUGACGAAGAUCAAGUCGUUGUGUCGCAGGCUGUGAUGGUUGUUCAUCAGUUGUCAAAGAAGGAGGCUUCCAGACAUGCGAUUAUGAAUAGCUUGCAGAUGGUAGAAACUUUGGUCAGGGCUAUCUCUAAUAGUGAAGAUCUUGAGUCCACUAAGGCUGCUGUUGGUACUCUGCACAAUUUGUCGCAUCAUAGACAAGGUCUUCUAUCGAUCUUCAAGAGCGGCGGAAUUCCAGCCUUAGUGAAAUUACUCAGCUCAAACAUCGAGUCAGUAUUAUUUUACGCCAUUACGACUCUGCACAAUUUGCUUCUUCAUCAAGAUGGUUCGAAAAAGGAUGUGCGUCUUGCCGGUGGGCUUCAACGUAUGGUGCUACUGUUACAACGAAACAACGUCAAGUUCCUGGCUAUUGUCACUGACUGUCUGCAGAUUCUUGCUUAUGGCAAUCAGGAGAGCAAACUUAUCAUUCUUGCCUCUCAGGGACCUGCUGAAUUGGUGCGCAUUAUGCGCACUUAUGAUUACGAGAAGUUGCUGUGGACUACUUCAAGAGUUUUAAAAGUACUCUCAGUGUGUGCGAGUAAUAAGCCAUCUAUCGUAGAAGCAGGCGGCAUGCAAGCAUUGGCAAUGUAUCUCGGUCAUACAAGUCAACGGUUAGUUCAAAACUGUUUGUGGACCUUGCGUAACUUGUCUGAUGCAGGCACAAAGGUCGACGGUAUGGAGCAUCUCUUGCAAAGUCUUGUCCAACUAUUAUCCUCGAGCGACAUAAACAUUGUCACCUGUGCUGCUGGUAUUUUAUCCAAUUUGACUUGCAACAACCAACGAAAUAAACUCGCCGUUUGCCAAUUUGGCGGAGUUGAUGCACUUGUACGUACUAUUAUCAACGCUGGAGAUCGUGAGGAGAUCAGCGAGCCAGCUGUUUGUGCUCUUCGUCAUCUGACAUCGAGACAUAUAGAAGCUGAGAUGGCGCAGAAUUCUGUUAGGUUGAAUUAUGGCAUUCAAGUAAUAGUGAAUCUACUGCAACCGCUGUCGAGAUGGCCACUCAUCAAGGCUGUUAUUGGAUUGACUAGAAAUUUGGCUCUCUGCCCGGCUAAUCAUACACCACUUAGAGAGCAUGGAGCUAUUCAUCAUCUUGUGCGACUACUUAUGCGCGCAUUCCAGGAUAUCGAGAGAGAACAAUCUUCAUUAGCAAAUACUGGAACUGGCCUAGCUCCUGGAGCCUAUGCCGAUGGUGUACGAAUGGAAGAAAUCGUUGAGGGCACUGUUGGCGCACUGCACAUUCUCGCUCGAGAAUCACAGAAUAGAGCUCUAAUCCGCACUCAGAUGAUUAUUCCCAUCUUUGUGCAGCUUUUGUUCAACGAAAUCGAGAACAUUCAACGUGUCGCCGCAGGUGUGCUUUGUGAGUUAGCUGUUGACAAGGAAGGUGCGGAAAUGAUCGAGCAAGAAGGGGCAACCGCACCUCUCACUGAACUUCUACAUUCACGUAACGAAGGUGUUGCCACUUACGCUGCUGCUGUUUUAUUUCGUAUGAGUGAAGAUAAGCCUCAAGAUUACAAGAAACGAUUGUCCGUCGAGUUAACCAACUCGCUAUUGCGCGAGGAUCCUAACAUGUGGAAUAAUGCUGAUUUUGCCGUGGGACCGGAUUUACAGGGUCUUGAAAUUGGUGGCGAUGGAUCAACCUACGAUCCAAUGGACGCGAUGGACGUGUCGCACGAGGAUAACUUGAGUUUCGAGUAUCUGCAGCCACCUCUUCAAUCUCAACCAACCUCCAAUCAAGAUCAUAACUCCGUAGUUGCCGCAUGGUAUGACACAGAUCUUUGAGCGAUUAUUAAUCAUUAACACGAUAUCUAUUAGACUAUUUUUUCAUAUGACGAAACUAAACGUGCCUUUAUUUCAAACAUUUUUUGUUUGAAAUUGUACUAUACAACUAUACAACCACAGGGUGAAAUUGAAAGUAUUUGAUUUAGAUGAAUUUAUAAUAUGACUGGUUCAUGAAUCUUUUAGUAGAAAUCCAAAGGAAACGAAUAUCUAAUUUGCAUUGUUUAAUAUAAAAUAUAAAGAAUACAUUUUGUAUGAUUUUUCAUUAGAACUAAAGUUUUUAAAGCAAUUUUUUCUAACAAUUAACUCAUUUGUAGCUAGUGUUAUUUUGGUAGAUUUAUCAUUGUAGACACAUUCAUUAUAUUUUCAUUGUAUGUUCAUUUAUUUUGUAAGAAUUAAAACAUACACACUCAAUAUUGCAAUUAUCUAAAGUAUUAGAUAUCUUACAUGUCAUUAUUGAAAAUAAGUGAUAUUUUUCAAGUAAAAUUGUGAUAUCUAAAUUUUAAGAAAUAAAUAAAAAUGAAUACAAAAACAAAUGAGCUUGAAUUGACUGAGAACGAAAAAACAUGAGAAUGAGAAGAUUCCAAUUUAUAUAUGAUAUGCAAAUGCAUUAUUAAUUGUACAUACUUUUUAAAAUUGACACAACUUUUUACAAGCAAAUAUUUUACGAUUAUCAUGUACGCGUAUUUACAAUUUUAUAUUUGUAUUGUAGAAUUUUAG